AACUAUGACACCCUAUAUUAAUUUAUUUCAAUGUGAAUAAAAAUUCUAGAUUAAUUUAAUUGUUUUUACGAUGAUAAGUCAGUAAGUUUAGGGAGAAACCAAGCUAUAUAAAGAGGGGGUGGAGGCUCCUUAAGAGCACAUCCAAAACCCACUUUGUAUCAAAGAUGGGAAGUAAAGGAGGCAAGCGGGCUGCAAUGGCCUUAGCCAUUUUUGUGGCCAUGCUCUCUUUGAUCAGCCUGCCCUCUGAAACCACUGCAACUGGCUACACAUACUCAUCGCCUCCCCCACCCAAGAAGACCCCAAUAGUGCCUUACCACCCAAUCAUCAAGCCCCCACCAUACGCAUCACCCCCAAAACCAGUUCACAAGUCGCCACCACUGCCGUCGCCAAAGCCAGUUUACAACUCUCCACCACCACCACCGUCGCCAAAACCAGCUUAUGAGUACAAGUCUCCGCCACCACCGAAAAGCCCUAAGCCGCAUUACGUGUACAAAUCUCCUCCACCGCCAAGCCCUAAGCCCCAUUAUGUGUACAAGUCUCCUCCACCACCGAGCCCUAAGCCCCAUUACCUAUACAAGUCUCCUCCACCGCCGAGCCCUAAGCUCCCCCAUUACCUAUACAAGUCUCCUCCACCGCCGAGCCCUAAGCUCCCCCAUUACCUAUACAAGUCUCCUCCACCGCCGAGCCCUAAGCCCCCCCAUUACCUAUACAAGUCUCCUCCACCGCCGAGCCCUAAGCCCCCCCAUUACCUAUACAAGUCUCCUCCACCGCCGAGCCCUAAGCCCCCCCAUUACCUAUACAAGUCUCCUCCACCGCCGAGCCCUAAGCCCCCCCAUUACCUAUACAAGUCUCCUCCACCGCCGAGCCCUAAGCUCCCCCAUUACCGAUACAAGUCUCCGCCACCGCCGAGCCCUAAGCCCCAUUACCUGUACAAGUCUCCUCCACCUCCGAGCCCUAAGCCCCAUUACGUGUACAAGUCUCCUCCACCACCACCGAGCCCUAAGCCGCAUUACGAGUACAAGUCUCCCCCACCACCGAUGCAGAAGCCUAAGCCGCCACCGCAUCAUUACCAUCCCAAGCCUCCACCGCAUCAUCACCAUCCCAAGCCUCCACUACACUACAAGUACUCAUCACCUCCACCGCCCAUCAAACCCUACAAGUACUACUCGCCGCCGCCGCCGCCGCCAGUUUACAAGUACAAGUCCCCACCGCCACCCGCACCAGUGCAUAAGCCUCCACACCAUCAUUACAACUAUGCAUCCCCACCUCCUCCUUACCACCACUGAGCAGAUCCAUGCAGUGUCAUGUUAAUUGGUGUUCUAAAUUAAGGAAAUGAAAUUAAGAAGAUUUAAAUAAAGAAAGCGAAGGGCGGGCGCGAAGCUGUUUUCCCAGAGAGCGAAUGAGUGGGCGGCCAGUUUCCGCGUUUGAUUCAAUUAAUGCAAGUUGUGUUUUCUAGUUUGAGCAGCAGAGAAUAAUAAAAAGGAAGGAAAAUAUAGAAGGGGUUGAGCAUCAUUUUCGUGUAUUGGAUUUGGCUUGCAUGUAGUUUACUGGUCCAAGUACCUGUCCGUGUUAGACGAAUCGUAUAUGUUAAUUUCUGGAUUCCAGCCUUCAUGCAAAUGGAGAUGGGUGUUUGUUAAUUUAUAUAAUCAAAUAAAAUCAUAUAUAUUUUGCUCAAA